GACAGGGAGGCCGCCCAAAUGGAAGGGCAUGCCUCCGGCAGUGGCGCAUCGCACCGCGGCCAUGCGGGUGAUUGCAAAGAGCGCCCUGCAGGGCAAGCUGUACGACGCGGUCUUCAUGCGGAAAUUGAACGGGGAGGCCUACCGCCGCUUCGUGAUGUUCCGCAACGGGAAGGUGAUGGACCGUGACGACUACAGCGUCACCACAGGGAGGAGGGAGCUUCUGAUCUCGAUGCACCUGAACAUCGACUACAAUGAGGGGCUCUUUGAGCAGCUGGAUUCCGAGCUGGACGACCUUGUGACGAGCUUGCAGGCCGUGCGGGACUUUGAGGCCGGCAUGACCGACUACCUCGAGGACAGCACCUUGCCGGUGGAGCUGCAGGAGCGGCUCAAUGCCGGGGUCAAGCAUCCGGCCAUGGGGGCCCUUGAGACGCUCCGUAGCUGUACUGACUGCUGGGAGACGGCCCUCUACCAUCUCAAGGUUGGCGCCUACAGGCUCUUUGCUCGCGAGUGGUUGGAGGAAGCCCACUGCUGGGUGGGGGAGGGGGGCAACGGCAAGACGUGGUGGCCCUGUUCGGCACCUACAGCAUCUCCCCCUGGCACGCGGCUGGUGACGUUCUCGGAGAUGGAGCGGGCCGCGGCCGUGCAUAGCUCCGUCUUCAAGCAGUUCUGCGAGCAGUGCACGCGCGUGCAAGCGCGCAACCUUUUCAGUGACAUUGUGGAGUUUCAGGUGCAAUUCGGGAUGAUCCUCUCGACCAACAAGUCCAUCUCCUUCACGGACCUAGACGGAGGAGUUGAAAGGCGAUUGAGCAUUGUGCCAUGGCCCAUGCGCUUUACCCGGCCCCCGACUGAGCACAACGUCCUGGUGGGCCGCGCUCCUGGCCUGAUGUGGUUGCUGAUGAAGAUCGCCCGGAUCUUCCCCGGGGGCAGCGACACCGUUGUCAGGCCCCGCCCAUACCAGGUGGCGGUGGCCACACGGGCGUUCUUUGAGCAGAACGAUGCCAAGGAUUGUGAGCCGAAUUGAAACUUUUACUUGGCAUCCAAUGACCCGG